AUGGCUGAAAAAUCUCUGCAUGGCUCUAACAGAGCAGCCGAUUCCAAGUCAAAGUCAGAUGAAGCUUUUGACUCUGUUCUCCUUGCUUUCAAAGGGGAAACCUCGACAAUGUUAAACAAAAGGACUCUGUUCAUCGAAAGCCUUAUGAAGGAGUGGAACAUUUCUCAAAAAACUCACAUCUCUUCUGAUGACGAUAACAUCCAGAAAAGUCCUAUUCCCAAACACCAAAGCUCUGCCAAGUUUCAAGGUGUAUUGCCUUCUUCCAUUGCAAAUACAAUAUUUCAAGGGGAUACUGAUGAUGAUGAUAUAAGCAGCUCUUCAUUUGACUCACACAUGGGAGAUAUUAUUAGCAAGCAAGAUUUACUAAUGGUCUGUUUACUUCGUAUUGCUUGCUUUUCUGAAAAGUCAUUGGCUAGAGAACUGUCUGUCAUAACCGGUGAACUGGAAGAUCUUGGUUUCUCAACCAAUGUUCCUCAGUUCUGGAAGACGCUUUCUGAAAAGUCACUCCUAAACUCGCGGUACCUCGAUGAUUUUGACGAGCUGGAAACAAUUGGUAAAGGUGCUUUUGGUCGCGUUACGCUGUGCAAAAAUAAACUGGAUGGAAGACUAUAUGCAGUGAAGUUAAUUAAACUGAAGCACGCAGAUUUACCUGUCGGCCAGAUAUCUUUGCUGUUAUUGACGUUGCAUUUAGUGAGCAUAUCAUCUCGGAUCGAUGCUUUAGAGUAUGAUGAUACUAAAACUGUUUCUGCAUCUGCUUGUAGUAAGGUACUCAGAGAAGUAACAACACUUUCCCGCUUGCAUCAUCAGCAUGUUGUACGUUACUAUCAGGCCUGGGAAGAAUCAGGAUUUGCUGUUUCGGGAUCAAAAACUGGAGGGAGUUCAACGUCCAGCUGCUCAGGAACUGCUGAUGACGGUUUAGAAGCUAGAGGUAUUAAAAAAACUGGGAUUCCUGCGCAGGACAGUACGCAUGUGCCUUCGUAUCUAUUAAUUCAAAUGGAACAUUGUACCAGGACUCUCCGCCACUAUCUUGAUGAUGGUGUCUUUGACAAAGAUUUCGCAUGGCGCACAAUUCGCCAAAUUGUGGAUGGCUUAGCUUAUAUCCAUGGGAAAAAAAUCAUCCAUCGGGAUCUUAAACCUGACAAUAUCUUUCUUGACUCUCGGAAUAAUGUCAAAAUUGGCGAUUUUGGCUUUGCUAAGUCCACCAAGGUUGAUCACGAUGAGGGUUUCUCUAUGGAUGUGGCUGGAAGCGGAGCCAGAAAUUCUCAAAUAGGCGGUACUAGAUUCUACAGCGCACCAGAAAUUGAGCAACCUGGGCGUAAGAUUGAUGAAAAGGCUGACAUGUAUAGCCUAGGGGUUGUGAUAUUCGAACUUUAUCACCCUUUCAGUACCGAAGCGGAGAGACGCUCAGUUUUAAAAGCUCUGACAACUGAAAAGAAGCUACCUUCCAAAUGGGAAUCUGAGUAUCGUGGUAAGGCUUCUCUAGUGCGGCGUUUGCUGUCUACACGACCAGCUGAUCGCCCCUCUGCCGCAGAAUUUCUCACACUCUUUGAGUCAUCACAGAGUGAGUUCUCUACUGCUAUAUGUUUAGGUCUUUGGCUCAUAACUUAUACAAUAAGUUGGAUUUUAUGUUACUAG